UGGUAUGCAUCUAAAAAAAAAUCUUUUUGAGUUUGCCGCACCAAGAUUUACAUGCUAAAUCGGCACAGGGUCUUAAGUUUUUCUCGGGUGACAGACAGUUCAAUGCAGGUAAUGUCGCGAAAACAUAACAUCUUAGCGGGCAGUGUCAGUCUGGGGUGCGUUUCGUUUGAUAAAACUUUGUGCAACGUUUUAUUCAACGGACACGAUACUGUACUAAGCGACUAUUUGAAGAACGAUGUGAUUAUGGUAGCCCAUGUGGAGAUUAUGUAUGGUGUGUGCUGCACGAGUUAUGUGAUUUCAAAUGGUUACACCCAUAUUGAUCAGGCCACACUACAACGUACCUAGCAAACUGUUGUAGAACAAUGCAGUUUUGGGGAGACGUGUCGUUCAGUACAAACAGUCACAAUGCAACAAACGUUGAAUCGAACUGAAUACGCCCCUGUUUUAAACCGGGCUGUCUACUUUGAGUUUGAAAGGCAGACGUUAUUUUUACCCCCUCAACCGUCGCGCUAGCUACUUUCCCUCGAGUUAUCACCGUCGAAACCGGAUGCAGUUAGAUUGCCCUCUUAAUUGGAGGUCCAAUUCACAAACGUUAUCCACCCCAGCCCUCGAUUUUACAACCAAUUUAGCUCGAGGGAGCAAGUAAAGAACUGUAAUCACUUGUGGGGUUGAUAUGACCCACAAUUCAAUGCAAACUAUAGUCACGUGUCAAACUCCGGUGUACAGGAAGUCUCAAAUGUAAUCAACAUGACUGCGUUUUCGGCAUGUCAGACAAAAUUACAAAACUAGCUUUAAAAAAAAACAUAUAUAUAUAUGUUAUAAACAUAUUAUUAAAAAAAAUAUAUAAACAUAUUUUUUGGAAUUCUGACAUUUAUUGGAAUAAAUGCCCAAACUAUAAAACUAGCUAGCUAGCUACCUGACAGUUACGUUAGUUUUAGCUAGCUAUGUUCGCUUGCUAGGUACAUUAAUACGUUUUUAAGCUCAAUAUUUCCACCAAGGAUGUUGGCUCUCCGAUCAUCACUCUCACUCGCUUGGGCAAGGGACAUAAGGUAUACUCGGAUUUGACGAUGUAAAACGUAAUUCGAGGGUUUAGGACCGAGGGUUGUCUAGUUUGGACUGCUGCCUAUAUAUGAUCAAAAUAGUCUAGGUGGGUUUCUCUCCUUGUCUCAUCUUUACAAUGAUUUUAAAAUACACAUUUACCCUGGGUAGAUGCCUACCUACAGUUUAUAUCAAAUCAAUGAAAUAAAGAUAGCUAGGAGACCAGAGUUACCUGACCUUUUUCACCCGCACUGGUCUGAAAGCGCAAUAUGUGGGCGUAUUCUAUGGGGAGAUUGUCUAGCCAAGCCAGCCCUAUUAAGUCGGUGCAGACGAAGAAAAUGAGAGGAAGCAAUGGACUUUAGACUUUUGGAAUGAUACACCCUCUGGUUAAAGUUUAUUUGGAGGCGUGCAGCUGUUAAACUUAUUCAUUUCUCUCUGUAAAAUCAGCACAGGACUACUCUAGUAAGUAAUGGAGAUUCCAGUAUUCACUGUUGAUGCGUUUACCAACUUACCUUUCAAAGGAAAUCCUGCAGCAGUUUGUCUGCUUUUACAUGAAUUGCAGGAUGAUAUGUACCAGAACAUUGCUGCUGAGAUGAACCUGUCAGAGACUGCCUUCAUCAUACGGCUGAAUUCAAAAGAUGACUUCAGCUCAGGAGCACGCUUCCGUUUGCGUUGGUUCACCCCCACCACUGAGGUUCCUCUGUGUGGCCAUGCCACCCUGGCUUCAGCUGCAGUACUGUUUUACAAAAAAAAAAAUGUCAACUCAACAGUGGUAUUUGAGACAUUGAGUGGAGAGCUGUAUGUGCGACAACAAGGGGAAUCUAUAGUGAUGGAUUUCCCCCUGAACAAACCUACUCCUGUGGCUGCUGUGGGAGACCAGCCAGUUCAAGAAGUGUGCCUCUGUGCCACCACCAAAAUGCUAAUGGUGCGCCUUCCUGACAGUUGUGACAGGUCAGUGCUCACGUCCCUGCAGCCAGACCCAGCAGUUCUGCUCCGUGUAGACACUGGCGGGAGGGUUAGGGGUCUGCUUGUCACCAUGAUCGGAGACCCUGGCUGUCUGUCUGGCUAUGACUUCUACUCCAGAAACUUCUUCCCCUGGUUCGGGGUUCCUGAGGACCCUGUGACUGGCUCUGCGCAUACUGUCCUUGCAGGCUACUGGUCAGAGAAACUUGGCAAGAAAAAGAUGCUGGCCUAUCAGUGCUCUAGCCGUGGUGGGGAGCUGGAGCUUGAGCUACAGGAUGAUGGCAGGCUCAAUAUCGCUGGCCAGGCGGUAACCGUCCUGCAGGGGAUUCUCACUGGGUAGAGACUAUACUGUUUACUCAGACCUAGCUAAAUGUACAACAGGAGCGUAGCAAUUAAAUUUUAAAAAACUCUGA